AUGUGGUGGAAUGUCAGCCCUUUUGCGGCGCCACUGAGGCGUGACCGGGCUCAUUCGCGAUUGACGCAUGCCCCCGCAGCCGUCGAAAGAGACCCUUGCACUGUUGCCAACAUGCUUUCGCAUCAACGCUGUCGCCCAGCUUCGUCCAACGCACUGGCACCCGAUAGCGCAACACCUCAGCGGCGGACCCGCACCGCCGACUUGCGUGCAGAGGCGGUGGUGCGACUUCUGCAUUUCAAUGCCACACCACCAGCCGCGUCUGCAAGAGCAUCACCUUCCGAGGAAUCCUACAAAGUACUCGUCCUAGACUCGUUCACGAGGAGCUUGCUGUCCCCACUCAUUCGCGUCGGAGACCUGCGCCGCCACGGCGUCACGCUGCACCUUCUCAUCGAUGCCGAGCGGCAGGCCAUCCCGGACGUCCCGGCGGUGUACCUAGUGCUGCCCACGGAGCAGAAUGUGCAGCGCAUCGUUCAGGACGCCGCCACUUCCACCUACAGCGAGGUCCACGUCAACUUCGUGUCGCACGCCACGCCGCAAGUGAUGCAGGCAAUGGCUGCCGCGGCCGUGCAGCACCGAUGCGUGGAGAAGAUCGCCAAGGUGUUCGACCAGUAUCUGUCCUUCGUGUCUCUCGAGCCCUCCUUCUUCUCCCUCGGAAUGCCAACAGCGUACGCCGACCUGCACGACCCCGCGGCGAAAGACGCCGACAUCGAGGCGUGCGCCACGUCCGUGGUGGACGGCCUCUUGUCGGUGCUGGCAACACUCAGUUGCGUGCCCUACAUCAAGACGCCCAAGGGCGGGGCGUCGGAGCACAUCGCGCGCUUGCUCGAGCAGCGUCUGCGCGAGCACAUCGAGCGCCGGACGGGGCUGUUCUCGGACGCCGCGGUCAUGGCCCACAACCGCCCGCUGCUGGUCCUGUUCGACCGCAACUUCGACCUCGCGACGGCCAUCCGCCACCCGUGGAACUAUGGACCGCUGGUGCACGACGCGCUCGGGCUCAAGCUGAACCGCCUGUCCGUGGCGGAGCCGGGCCAGGACGCGGGGGCCGCUGCGAAGCACACGUACGAGGUCGGGCACGACGACUUCUUCUGGGAGGCGAACGCGCACCAUCCGUUCCCGAAGGUGGCCGCGGAGGUGGAGGUCCAGCUGGACGCGUACAAGAAGGCGGUGGACCAGAUCAACGCCAAGGCGGCGAUGGGCAUGGAUCCCUUUGGCGACGGCGACAGCUCGCUGGAGGAGGCCACGAAGGGGCUCAUGUCCGCCGUGACGUCGCUCCCGGAGCUGACCGCGAAGAAGCGCACGCUCGACAAGCACACCAACAUCGCGACCGCGCUUCUGCGCGAGAUCAAGGACCGCAAGCUGGACCAGCUGCACAACAUGGAGGCCGACCUCAGCGCAGGCAAGGCGGACAUUCGCGCAGUGUCGAGCGCGCUGUCCACUGGAGUCGGCACCCCCGAGGACCGCCUGAGGCUCGUCCUGCUGUACCUCUUGACGGCGAAGCAGCUCCCGCCGUCGCAGGAGAUCGACGCGCUGCUGACGUACCUCACCGACCACGCAGACCUCCCCGCGGUGACCUACAUCCGCCGGAUGCUCACGAUCGGCGCCGUCGGACAGGCCACGAACCGGCCUGGUGCCCCCGCGGCAGGCAGCGCCCCGCCGGCCGCGCAGGGCAACCUCCUCUCGUGGGCCGACCGGACGUUUGGCGAGGGCCUGAGCAAGGUGACGCACCAAGUGCGGUCGCUCAUCUCCUCCUCGCGUCCCGAGGCCGUCCCGAUCGCGGUCGGGGGGCUCAUGGACGGCCGCCUCCCCGCCGACGCGGAGCAAGGCUACCUCGUGCUCGACCCGCGUGCCGCGCCUGGGAGCGCUGCAGGGGAGCGGGCGCGGGGGCCGUUCAACGACGCGAUCGUGUUCAUGAUCGGCGGCGGGAGCUACGCGGAGUUCGAGGCCGUGAGGGAGCUGGAGGGCGACGCGGGGAAGGUGCAGCGCCGGCGGGUGCUGUAUGGGUGCACGGAGGUGCUGGCUGGGCAGGAACUGGUGUCGCAGUUGGCUACCCUGGGCAGGAAGAUGGCCUGA